CAAAAAAGAAGAAGCUAAUUGGAAAGGUACAAAUUGAUCAUCUUGUCUAGUUAAAGUUUGACUUGAUAACCCCAUCAUCAUUCCUUCACAAAUCAAAUCACCAUGAGUCCAGGAAAGAUUGCAACAAAUACACCAGCCAUUCAUCCGCUCGACCCUCUCAAUGCAGAAGAGAUCGUCGCUGCUACAUCAACCGUCCGUAAAUAUGUUCAAGAGAAAGGAAUCAAAGCUGUUCGUUUCUUGAACGUUUUGGUUGAUGAACCACACAAAUCAGAAGUCAUCGCAGCAGGUUUCUUCCCUGCUGGUGAAGGAGCUCCAGCUUCAAGUGGUCACGCUGCUCCACCACCACGUCAACUUUCCGUUCAUAUGGCAGACGAAAUCACAGGAUCAGCCUACGAUCUUACCUUGGACGCUUCCAAUAUUGACGCCGUUACCGUUCUUUCUAUGACCAAACAAGAUGCUGGCGUUCAACCUGCAUUAACGUUGGAAGAAUUGGUGAUGAGUGAACAGGCGAUUCGCAAAGAUUCUCGUGUGAUUGAAGCAGCAAAAGAUGUUGGCGUUUCAGUUGAAGAACUAUUCUGUGAUGGUUGGAGUAUCGGUUGGGAUGAAAGAUUCCCGAACAAACGUGUUCAACAAUGUUUAUGUUACGCACGUUAUGGAAAAGAUGAAAAUCAAUAUGCACACCCUCUUGAUUUCUUGCCAAUCGUUGAUAAUUUAACAGGAGAAGUUUUGGCAAUCGAUUAUCCUGCCCAUCGUGUCGCAAAAGACGGCAAACUUAACACAAAAUCAACCGCUCCUCCUACUGAAGCAAACUUUGCAAAGCCUGAUACUCGUGAUCGUAUUCCUCCUCCAUUGGCCAAACAUGACUAUUUGCCUGAUCUGGCUACCCGUGUUGAUAGCGACAAGCCAAUCGAGAUGCGAACAGACAUCAAGCCACUCUCAGUCGUUCAACCAGAAGGUGUAAGCUUCAAACGUACAGGUAACACAUUGGAAUGGGGUAAAUUCAAAUUGCACGUCGGAUUCCACCCACGUGAAGGUAUGGUCUUGAGCAAUAUCGUUUACAAGGAUGACGAAGUUCCAGGGUUCAGUAAAGCAUCACCAAAAGAACGUCCUUUGUUCUACCGUGCCAGUUUUGUGGAAAUGGUUGUGCCAUAUGCCGAGCCAGCACACCCACAUUACCGUAAAUUCGCUUUCGACAUUGGUGAAUACGGUUUAGGUUUCUUGGCAAACUCUUUGGCUUUGGGAUGUGAUUGUUUGGGUACGAUCGAAUACAUGGACGGACACUUUGUCAAACAUGACGGUUCCGUUGAAACAGUCAAGAAUGCCAUUUGCAUUCACGAAGAAGAUGCUGGUACACUAUGGAAGCAUACCGAUUACAGACCUGGCGGCCGCACACAUAACGUCCGUAACCGUAAGUUGGUCUUGUCAAUGGUUUGCACAGUUGCCAAUUACGAAUAUCAAUUCAACUGGAACUUCCAUUUGGAUGGUAACAUCGAAUGCGAGAUCAAAUUGACCGGUAUCUUAAACUUGUAUCAAUUGGCACAAGGUGAAUCUACAGGUGGAUUCGGAACAGAAGUUGCACCACGCAUCAAUGCUCAUUACCAUCAACAUUUGUUCUCCGUUCGUUUGGAUCCACACAUUGACGGUCAAUUCAACUCCGUCUCUGAACAACAUAUCGAACCCUCACCAGCACCAAGCAAGAGUGAUGAGAAUUGGGCAGGAAACGCAUUCACAGCUCCAACACGAAUUCUCAAAACCACUGGUGAAGGAGUUCGUGAUGCACAAGCUGAUAUCGAACGUACAUGGACGAUUGUCAAUGAGAAUGUGAAGCAUUACUCAAGCGGCAAGCCUGUUGGUUAUAAGAUUAUGUGCAAGGAUAUGCCAAGAUUACACUGCCACCAUGACGGUAUUGCAGCCAUUCGUGCUCCAUUUGCUAAACAUCACCUUUGGACACUUCCAUACCAUCCAAAAGAACGUUAUCCAUCAGGAAUGUUUGUUCCUCAAACAUUCAAAGCACCAAAAGAUAGUAUUGAAGAAUGGGUUGGAGAUGGAAAAGCAAGUGUUCAAAAUAAGGAUAUCGUUACUUAUGUUACCGUUGGAACAACCCAUAUCCCCAGACCGGAAGAUUUCCCAGUCAUGCCAGCAGAAACGUGCAGAUUUAUGCUUAAACCCGUCAACUUUUUCCGUCGUAAUCCAACUUUGGACGUUCCUUCAACACAAGACGCAAAGAGUAUCGCUGCUAAUGCUGCAGGUGUAAGUGUUGCAAACGGAAACGGUUCUUGCUGUCGAUCUUAAGUGGUGUUAAGCGGCUGCUAGUUUUGUAUAUAUCUCCCUUGGCUCUUUAACUUCUUUUAUGAUUCACAGAAGUAUGUAACGUAUAUAUUUAUAACCCUACAAUCUAACGAGAUGAACGCUGCUGAUGUAUGCAAUGCUUGUAAAAUUAAAGUGAAGGUG